CGCACGGUCGGUCCCCAGCCGCCUCCCGCCGGCGCUCCCAUGGAAAAAUCCAAAAAUUUCCGCAUCGACGCGCUGCUGGCUGUCGACCCCCCCAAGGCGGCGGCGGGGCAGAGCGCGCCGCUCGCGCUGGUCACCUCGCUGGGCGGCAGCGGUAGUAGCAGCAGCGGGAGCGGCAGCCCUCCGUCCUCGUCCUCCUCUUCCUCGUCGUCUUCAUCCUCCUCCGAGCACCCCGCCGGCGGCCCCGCCGACUGCCUGCGCACCGACAGCCCCUCUCCGCCGCGCCUCCUGGCCGCGCACUGCGCCCUGGUCCCCAAGCCCGGCUUCCUGCCCGGGGCGGGCACCGGCUCCCACCCGCACCACCACGCCUCGGCGGCCGGCAUGGCCCUGGGACUGCACCCCGCGGCGCCCGGCGGGCCGGGCAUGCCGGCGCAGGCGGCUCUCUACGGGCACCCGGUGUACGGCUACUCUGCGCUGGGCGGGCAGCACCCCGCGCUCUCCUACCCCUACUCGCAGGUGCAGGGAGCGCACCCCUCCCACCCCGCCGCCGACCCCAUCAAGCUUAGCGCCGGCACCUUCCAGCUGGACCAGUGGCUGCGGGCCUCCACCGCGGGCAUGAUCCUGCCCAAGAUGCCCGACUUCAACUCCCAGGCGCAGUCCAACCUCCUGGGCAAGUGCCGCCGGCCCCGCACGGCCUUCACCAGCCAGCAGCUGCUGGAGCUGGAGCACCAGUUCAAGCUCAACAAGUACCUCUCGCGGCCCAAGCGCUUCGAGGUGGCCACGUCGCUGAUGCUGACCGAGACACAGGUGAAGAUCUGGUUCCAGAACCGGCGCAUGAAGUGGAAGCGCAGCAAGAAGGCGAAGGAGCAGGCGGCACAGGAGGCCGAGAAGCAGAAGGGCGGCGGCGGCGAGGACAAGGGGGAUGAGGACCUGCUGCUGCCCGCCCCCGAGAAGAGCGCCGGCAGGAGGAUGCGGGAGCUGCCCGACAGCGAACCUGAGGACGAGGAAGAGGAGGAGGAGGAAGAGGAGGCGGCGGCAGCGGCCGGGAGAUGCUGCCCGUACCACUCCUCCGACUGUUCCGAGGCGGACGAGGAGGACACGCAGCCCCGGGGCAGGCACGGAGCCCCGGCGCAGCCCCAGUGAGCUCCCUGCAGCCCCGGUUCCACCGCUCCCCCUUGUUCUGAUUUCUCCCUGCUUGGAGAGGGAUGGAGAAGAGGAUCCUCCGUAUGACGGGCGGAGAAAGAGGAUUUAUCGUGAAUACAGUGUUAUUAUUGACUGAAAACCAGACAAAACUUGAGCUCCCCCGCCUCCCAUCCCUGCCCCCGGGAAGCGUGUUCCUUUUGCUGAGUAUUGGAAAUGUUUUGUUCUUACUAUAUAUCGGGAAAUAUGUUUAUGUCAUGAACGUUAAAACUGCUGGAAAUCUCAAUACUGUCUUUAUUUUUGUAUAUUGUAUUUAUAAAAAGAAAAAUUACCUCUACUUAUGCAUGCUAAAUUAUUCCCCAGGUCCUCCCACACGUGCGAUGGGGGCAAAAUA